AUGAACAGCAUGGAUACAGAAGACGUUGCCGAUGACAAAGUGGAGGCGGCGAGCAAUAAAUCUUAUAGUGCCCUAGAAAUUAUACCCUUCUUGCUCAACACUGGAGGUAUAUCUAUGAAGAUCACAGAGGCAGUUCUGGUGACGGCGGCGAGCAACGAAUCUCUACACGCCCAAGAUGUUAUAGCCUUAUUGCUCAAGAGUGGAGGUUUGAAAAUAAAAAUCACAGAGGCGGUUCUGGUGGCGGCGGCGAGCAACGAACAUGAGAACGCCACAAGACUUACUGCCUUAUUGCUCAACCAUGAUAAUCCGAAUGUCAAGACCACGGAGACGGUUCUUCCGGCGGCACCUAAUACUCCUUCUGAAUCUCAAGACCUACUAAUAAUGUCACAAUCCGGGAUUACACCACCUCCUACUCAGGCUGCGCAGGCCUCAUCCUUCCCCACCGAUAAUGGUAUCGAACCUACAGAGCUGAUCCUUCUGGCGGCUCUGGGAAACACGAGCUACAGGUAUGCUAGGAAUCUCAUAGACCUAUUUCUCCAACCCCCGAAUGAUAACGUCGAGAUUGCCGAUAUCGUGCUUCUAGCUGCGGCUGGACACGAGAAGUGGCACGUGCUGGAACUCCUGUUUAGGAAAUGCGCGCGAAUUAAAAUCAGAGAAGGUAUACUCUGCGAGAUGAGCCAGCAUUCGUCGAUGACACCGCUUAUGUUAGAUUUGCUGCGGCAAAAAGCACAAGUGACCGAAGCCAUAGAUGAAAAUGGAGAUAUCACAACAAACAGUACUCAUGCCCUAGCAUUGCAGACCGCGCCUACUUUGGCUGCUGGUGAACAAUGA